GUCUCUACGAAUAUAUAUAGUUGGUCUAGGGUUUUUAUUCGGGGAAUGCAAGGGUCAAGUGGUCUGCUUAAUCGGUGGCCGAUCUUCAAUCAAUUGGGUAAAGUUGGUAUAAGGAUUUUAUGAGUGUCGGAGACUAUCAACAUAUAACUGGCGCUUUCCUCGUUUAAUUAGGUUCAGAAAAUCACUUAUGUUUUCUCAAAUUGAAGUUAGCGAAGGAUGAUGGGUGCGUCAAGGUCUAAUCAGUGCGGGAAGGUAAGACGGAGGAGGAGCAGGAUAAUCAACAAUGGCCUUUUUAAAAGAAACAUCUUGAAAAGUGAAAUUACCUGGGUAAGGAACAAAAGGAAGAAGCGCAGAGGUAAUAAUAAUGAUAUCAAUUUUUCUGCAGACCCUGUUAGUAUGAAUCUUGUCAUGGAUGAUAGCGUCGUAAUGUAUCAGAUACUUAGCCGACUCCCGGUGAAAUCACUUAUGCAGUGUAAGUGCGUAUGUAAGCAAUGGAAGUCGUUAAUUCAAGAUGAUCCAUACUUUAUUGAUUUACACCUUAAUCAAUCAAAAACACGGCCACGUCUCUUUGCCAUAUAUAGAUUUAUAGAUGUGCGCUUGUGCACGAACUCUGAAAGAGAAAGGAACCCCCCCAUGUUUCAAAGGCUUCCAAGAAAAAAAGUUCAUAAACAGAAGUAUUUCUGGUCUGCAGAGUUGGUUGAAGGCAAAAAUGGGGAAUUAGCCAUUACACAGACUACACGGAUGACAAAUUCAUUCUCGUAUGAUAAAAUUCUGAAACCCGUUAAUGGUUUGAUUUGUUUCAUCAACAUGAAAGCCUUGGCUGUUUGCAUACACAAUGGUAGUACCCAUGAAACAACAAGGUGGAUUAAAUCUAACAAUAAAUCUUCAGAGGGUCCGAUGUAUGGUUUUGGGUACAGUCCUGCUACCAAGGAACACAAAGUAGUCUGUAUUUGGAGAAAAAUCAAAACUUUGUCUGAUGUUACUUGUGAGGUCUUGACAGUGGGCGACAGUAAAUGGCGAGGAAUCGAUGUAGUCCCACCUUACAAUAUUCGCGGUUUUGACCAUGUUUAUGCAAAUGGUUCUAUAUAUUGGUGCAAUCUUAGGCAUAAUAAGCUGGCUGGUGGUCCUGAGUUCAUUGUGGCAUUUGAUGUUGGAUCUGAGAAAUUUAGAACGAUCCAUGUACCGAAGCUCAUUUUAGACCAGCUUAUGAACCAGUACAGAUGUGUGCCUUUGUUAGUCGACUUGGCGGAAAUAAAAGGGUGUUUAACUUUAAAAUGUAGAGUGAGUCGUUCCACUGUGAAGUUAUGGAUAUUUUCUGAUGACCAUGACAGUAAGGAGAAUAUAACAGCUAUUGGUGCCACUAAUUCUCCUACACAUAAUUUUACUGAUGGUGCUGCAACGACCUCCACUAAUAUCGAUGAAGGUUGGACUGAAGAGUCGAUAACAGUACCACUUCAUUGGCCUCUAGGGUGGAGUCUUGAUUUCCAUGAUAUUGCAGGAACAGACCAAAUACUCAUUGAAUCAGAUAGAGGGCACAGGAAAUUUACAGGUCAUAUUUAUGAUAGGAGCCAAAAGACUUUCAAGAAGAAUGUGGAAUUCAGUAUAUCCUCCUCUUGUCGAGACCAUUAUGAUUUAGACAGGUCUAUCUUAACCACUUUCUCAGAAAGCCUUUUGCCUGUUCAAAAGAAGCUGCAGUGGCAUCUUACUCAACCUCAGCCGCUAUAAGAAGCUGCAGUACUGCACAAACUGUGAACCUGCUUCAGGUAUGAAUGCUAUUGAUAUUCUUAACAUUUAUCCGGUGUAAACCAAAUUUUUAGCUCCCCUGCGUGGGUGUUGUUUGUCGUCCAUGGUGGCAAACAUCUAUGCACUUUUAAAUCGUUGUUCUGAUGUCCUUUAUGCCUUGUGUAAUUUUCCAUGUCUAUUUAAUUUAAGUUUCCUUGAAGAAAUGAAUUUUGCAAUAAAAUAAAGUAUAAAUAAAUUUUGUGAAGGUGGUGUGUACUGCGU